GGAGUGUUUUAUUUUGGGGAAGAAAUGGUGAAAUUUGGAGGGGGGGGGGGGGGGGGGGGGGGGGGGGAGAGCUUUGGGGUGGUUUGGUCUCCCGAGGUUGCCGUAGUAAAAUGGCGGCGCCGCGGUGCUUCCGUACAAGGUGGCCAGCCGUUGGGUUUUCCUUACAACAUGGCGGCGCGCUAUUGGUUAAUCCGUACAAGAUGGCGCCCGCGCGUACGCAAUGAUGGCGACCCGGAGUUUUUAGCCUACAAAAUGGCGGCGCGCAGCAGUUGCCCCGUACGACGGGAAAAUGACGCUUUAAAAUCGUCCCAAAAGCGCCAAAAUUUCAAUCGUGAGAGUAAAAUAAUUCCGUACGACGUGGUGAGGCUUGAAAGGGACGCUGUUCCGUGAUUCUCAUGAGGGCAAAAUAAUUCUGUGUAACGUGGUGACGCUUGUUUGAACGCUCUUACAUGAUUCCCGUGAGCUUGGAACACAAAACUCGCCCUUAAAAGUCACGAAUUCCGCAAAAAGCCGUGAAAAAGCCGUGGCGCGCUGCUGGUUUUGCCGUACAGACAGCGGCGAGCUUGAAAAUUUCAUUUUAAAUCACUCGGCGUUAAAACGGCUGUUGCUUCAUUCCGUACAACAAGGCGGCGCCCUCUACCGAGGGAACCUGGUUCUGUGUAAAAUCGCGGCGCACUUGUAGGUAAUUCCGUACAGCAAAGCGCCGAGCGGAAUGAUCCGUCGCGUACCUUUGACGUCACUUCCUUAUUUGGCCAAAAUGGCAGCGCGCAGGGUUUUGCGGCUCGCGGAGCGCCAGACGCGCUGUAUCCGGCCUUUGCCCCGCCCCCCGCAGAGGAUCAGCCAAUGGCGUGAGGCCCAGGGUCUCUCCCCGAGCCCCUCUGGGCCCGGCCCCCUCAGGGACCUCCCAGAUUGGAGUUUUGCAGAUGGGCGCCCCUCCCCCCCUUGGCGGGGGCAGCUGCGGAGACACCGUGAGAACCAAGAGCUGGUGUCCAAACCAGUAACUCCCAGUAUAAACCAGUGCCGGGCCCUGGCGCUGAGCCGCUCGCUGGAGGCUGCGAAGCUUCGGGGGAACCGCGAGAGGAUCCCAGUACAAACCAGUAUGGAGAGCUGAACCGGCCCGGCCCCACCAGAGGCUCCGCCCCCUUUUCCUUACACGGAGAAUUAAUAAAAUCGUGCUUAAACAAC